AUGGGCGAGUCCACGCCACUCCUGAAGGAUCAGGCCAUCAAGCAAUUCCGAAAACGCCGUUGGGUUACCGUGGUCAUAAUAUUUUUCAUGGCAUUCGCCAUCGGAGCCGAGAACGCCGUGAUCCUCCCGACCGCGUGGAAGUACCUUCAGUCCCUCGGCUCCACGAGCGAGUUGGACUUGGGGAUCCUCAUUUCCGCCUUCAACGUGGCUAGUCUCAUUUCCUCCAUUUUCUUCGGCUGGAUCGUGGACAAAUGGAUGCACCUCUGCAAGCUGGUCGUGUUCGUCGGCGCCAUCAUACAGGCAAUAGGAAGCAUCAUGUACUUCCUCGGCUUCGACAAGUGGCUCAUCAUCUCGGGGAGAUUCGUCUGCGGACUCGGAAGCGGGACCCUCACGGUCAUCCUGGCCGAACUGGCCCGAGCCACAUCGAACGACGAGCGGACGAAAUAUUUGACUCUGGGAUUCGGUUGUCGUCAAGUCGGGCUUCUCCUCGGGCCUGCAUAUAAUUUGCCUUUACACGGGGUGAAUACGAAUUUCGGGAAUAUUCGUGUGAACGAAGAGUCCAUGCCCGGAUUAGUGUUUGCCGUCUUUUGGGUUGUCGCCUCGGUGUUUAUUUUCUUCGGAUACGAGAACAUCGGAGAACAGUACAUCACACUACUGAGGACGCUCGAAGCCAAAGGGGAUUCAGAAACCGUGCAACUCCUAUCGUAUCCGUCCCUGGAAGACAGCGAGAAGAGAGCCUUCGCAGAGCACGGAGACCCGACCGCCACGAACAACGCGAACGACCUGUACUCGAAUCACGUGAAUUCGAGUGACUCGAACGCCGGAGCGAGGGCUCGGCGACCUUUGACCGAAACGAGAAGCAUAGCAGACGAUAUUCCGCUCCCAUACGUUGACGACGAGUUAGACGAGGAAGAAACCCCCCUCGUCCAGAAGGGUUCCUCGUCCUUCCGGGAACUCCUGCUCGACUCGAUCGUCGUCGUCCUUUUCAUGCAGCUGAUUCUCUUCUUCUGCCAAUACGUGGUGGAAACGAUCAUCCCCCCGACCAUGCAGACGAAUUUUGGCCUCGGAACCCAAGCCAAUUCCCUAUUCUAUCUUCUGAUCGGUUGCGAAGCGAUCUUGUCGUUCGCCUUCGUGAUUCUGGUCCGAAAAAGAAUCUCCGACCGGAUCGUGAUCUUGGCAGGGAACGUGUUACUCGUCAUCGGUUUGAUCUUCCACUUGGUCACCGCCAUGGUGCUGAAGCCCCACUCGGAAAACGCCCUCUCCUUCUUCAUCGCAUCCUGCACCCUCAUCUUCCUCGGAAUCCCGAUGGCCUCCGUGUCCUCCGUGACCCUGGGCUCCAAGCUGAUCGGACCCGAAUCUCAAGGGAAGAUGCAGGCUCUCCGCCGGGUCGCCACCUCCCUCGGGCUCAUCCUCGGCCCUCUCUGGGCCGGGUCCCUCGUCCACGAACCGCUCCCGUUGUACGGGGUCACCUUGAUCCUGGUCUUCAUUCAGUUGAUCUUGUUUCUUCUUUCCUAUUCGAGGAUGCAUGCCUAG